GUUGGGCAGACUCGGAAGAGGGAGGACAACAUUAAGGAACUGGACACUGUGGUUAGAGAAAAUGAUAUAAAGCCAAACCAGGAAACCCCUGCAGCAGAAAUUGUUCGACUAAAAGAAGCUGAACCCCAAAAUGCGGACAUCAGCAAAGAGUUCAUUAGCCCUCCAGAUGAGACACAGAUCACAAAUCAUAAACCAGAAAGCCACCUUGAUGAAAACAUAAAGGACGAUAUUCCUGAACAGGAAGAAACUGUUACUUCUUGUGAAUCAACUCCUGAGGUUUCUCGAGGAAGUCAAAUGAUGGCAGUGAAGAGUCUUUCACCAUCGCCUGAGUCCUCGGCAUCACCAGUUCCAUCCACUCAGCCGCAGCUGACAGAAGGAUCUCAUUUCAUGUGUGUGUAGUCUCAGAAGAACGAUGCUGACUUCUAUUGAAACCAUUCAAAGCUAAAGACAUGGACCUUCAGCAAUGUAAGAAGAUAUUGUACAGUAUAUUUUAAAUCUAUGAAAUUCAUAGUUCUGAUGCUUUUGGCCACAGAGCAUCGUUUUAUCACUUCUGGAAAAUGUUUAUUCCAAAACAGCUUUAAUGGCCCAUAUGUACACUCCGUAAUCUCAAGGUUAUUAUUCUGACACCAGCUUGCUGCUAUGAUUUCAGAGCACACAAGUAAAGGUGCUUUUUAAUGUGCAGUCUAUAGCCACAGCUUACUCGGUUGCCGAUUUCCAAGUUUUGAUAUUUCUGAAGUCUAAGUGAAUUUAUAUUUCUUUCUGCUUUUCAGUACAUGAAGUUAGUUAUCAUUUCCAAUGAAGCUUGUUUUCCUUUUUAUUUGCCCUCCCAUUUUGGCUUCUGCAGUGCUUUGUUCCCACUUGAUUUGUAAAAAUUUUAUAUAUAUAUUUAAAAUGUGCCAUUUUAUUGCUAAUUGAAGUAUGUCCUGUUUUCUGCUACGAUUCCUUCUCAGUCAGAUUGCUACAUCAGCAGUUACUGCCACACUCUUCGUCAGCUUCAAAACAAAUGUUGCCGCUUAUCUUUUCUUAAAACAAUUAAAAGUGUAGGUAUUGAAGUACUGGGCUUCUACUUCAUUGGAAUAGAUGUGUACAGCAAUAAGCAGGUUUUUAAAUCCAGUACUUAGUUAGUGUAUAAAUGUAAUUAUGUUCAUUGUGUAUAUAUUAUACAAUGAGCACAUGUAAUGUAUUAAAGGCUACUUACUAUUGUUUAAAUGCAAAUGUUCAUAUCUCAUUUCUUUUUUAUCAUGUUAAAUAAAUGUUGAUGUUCUUAAA